UGGAAUGGACUUGCACAUGGAGUCGAUCACUUCCAAGUUACGGGUUUAAUAAAGGCUACUUAAAGCUGCUGAAGCCGUGCAGUAAGGAAGCAUGUCGCCCCCUUCCCAGCGAACACACAACUCCAGGUGUUUAGGAGUGCUGUACAACAUCUCCUGGGGCAUGACCUAUCCCACAUACUGGCUCACCAACAAACUCCUGACUCUUUUCAUAUCGACCUCGCGGGAGAGGAGUCGCAGAGGUUGGGAAGAACCAUGUUAUGAACACUACAUCAUCAUAACAUUUGCUGCCCCAGUUUUGCUUGCUUUGAUUGUUAUCACCCUACCCCUAUGCAUGCUGGGAUUGUUGAUAUGGGUGCCCACGCAAAAGUGUCGUAGUUCACUUAGGUAUUCUAGUCAUAGUUCAGUGCAUGACUUUAAUGAACAAGAUGCUAUUGAUGUCCAUAAUGAUGCUGACAGAAUUAGAGUGUCACAAGGGAAAUCUACAUUAUCAAAUUUAGAACUGGCUGCAAACUGUGAUAAUCCUCUUAACAGUACUGAUGUAUCUCAAAGUGAUCUAAAAUCAGUAAAAGUGCAUGCGCCUUUUCCACCACAGCCUUCCAGCUCUGCUUGCAGGUGCAUGCAUGACGAUGUUAUCACAAAAAACCAGGGCACAACACAGAGAAGGUUUGAGAGAAGAUUUACUGUUGCCACAGCAAAUGUAUGCCUUAUGCCAGAAUUCAUCGCCAGAAUUAAUAACCUUUCUAAUACACAAUGGCGGGCUAAAACAAUUGGGAGUAGAAUAAUAGAAAAUCUUUCAAAGAAUGAUACUGAGAAUUCAGUUCUACUUAACAGUGACGUAGGAGAACAAAACCCAAACAAAGUUGAUUCUGAAGGAUAUGGUAUAUUGACAGGUACAUCUGACAAUUCUUUAAAGCAUUGUCAUAGAGAUGAUGAAACAAAAAGUCAUGAAUUAACAGAUAAGACAAUAGCCAAAAAAGAAUUGACUGAUGUAGCAGUGGGCCACACAAUUUGCCAAACUGAAAGUACAAAUGACAGUUCUGAAAUUCAAGAAUUGACCGAUAACAGUAGGUCUCGUUUAUCACACGAUUUAGGAACUCACAAACCUGACACAAAACACAGUGAUCCGAGAUGUCACAGUGACCCCAAAUGUCUUGUAUCCACCCACUUCCCAGCAGAAUUGGAUUUUCUGUGUCUUCAGGAAGUUUUUGAUAGAAGAGCUAGCCAUACCCUAGUAAAGAAACUCCACCAACACUUUCCCCACAUUGUUCAUGAUGUUGGGGUGUACUUUAGAAGAAGUGCAAAAGACAUCAGGUCUCAGCAGCUCAAUGACACACUGCAGUGGAUAGAGGAGUUCAUUCUGAAGACCAGGAAUCCAGAGGAAAGGAUCCUGUUUGACCUGCUCUGUGGUGACCUCAACUUUGACAACAUGUCAACUGAUGACCGAGUAUUUUACACACAUCCAUUGCUGCAGAAGUAUCAGGACCCCUGCAGGGUAACACCUGGUGUGGAUCAGUCAUGGGCACUUGGGACAGAGAUAUAUCAAAAGAAACUUUAUGUAGAUACAGAGGAACUUACAGAGAUAUUGACUGACCCAGAGAGAAUAAAAAAAUAUGUAGAAGAUGUGAUAAUCAAGGAAGAAGACAGUGUUAGUGGUUCCAGUUUGCCUAAAGCCAAUGGCAGGAGGAGAAUUGACUAUCUUCUCUACUGCAAUGAUCACAUGGACACCAAUAUGACACUGAAUGUUGUAGAAUACCGCUAUAUCAGCCAGUUGGCUUCCUUGACUGACCACAUUCCACUGUCUAUGACGCUGACCAUACGGACAAACCUGGAGUAG